AUGACCUCUACCAGGGAGCGCCGUAUUGCGAAGGAGCUGCACGACAUUAACCAGGACAAGGACAAGUCUGGUGUCUUUGCGGCUCCGGUCGAUGCCAGCAACCUGACCCAUCUCAAGGGCACUUUUCCGGCGCCGCCUGACACCCCUUACGCUGGCGGAACAUACACCGUGGACAUUCAGAUUCCCGACAUGUAUCCGUUCAAAUCGCCUAUCAUCAAGUUUGACACCCGGAUAUGGCAUCCCAACAUUAGCAGCCAAACAGGUGCUAUCUGUCUCGAUACGCUAGGAACCGGCUGGUCUCCUGUGGGUACAAUAAAAAUGGCGCUCAUGUCACUUCGAAUGCUCCUUGAAUCGCCGAAUCCCAAAGACCCUCAAGAUGCCGAGGUCGCCAAGAUGUUGAUGGACGAUCCCGAAUAUUUCAACGUCGUUGCCCACGACUGGGCCGUCAGGUAUGCAGGUGCUCCACGACGACAAGGUCCGCCAGGCCAGUUCAUCCGUAAGAAGGUAGAAAGGCAACCAGACGAUCCAGCUAGAUAUCAAGGCUAUAACAAAGAUCUGAUUGAUCGGUUCGUCAACAUGGGGUUUGAGCUUGAUGCCGUGGUAGAGGCCUUUAAUUUUGUUGGCAUCGACCGAAACGGCGGAGAAGACUACGAGCUGGAGGAAGCAUAUAUGGGCGAUAUCACUGCCCGGUUGCUUGGCGAGCAGUAG